GAAUUUUCUUAGGCGAGGAGGAGAGAGGAAGAAGGCGUCUUGAAAGUCGACGAAGGCAGGGCGACAGUUUACCGUCAGUCGGAUAGCUCGAUUUAUGAAGAAAGGUCGUCCGGCUGUAUGUGCGGCCCCGAAACUUUCUUGAUGGGCUUUUGAUUUUGAAAUCAGUAGGCUUUGAAUUUUAAUCAUUCAAGAAAGAUACAGGAUGAACCAAUUACUGAGACAAGCUGCCUUCUCUUCUUCCACCAGAUACUCUGUCACUCGGGUCGUAUCCAUUGCCACUAUUGGGUCCGGACUCUUGUAUGCUAACAGUAAUGCGGAUUCCGGAAGGCUUUAUGUUUCGAUUCAUGAAUCUCUAUUGUUGCUGCCAUGGCAAUUAUUGGAACAUCGGAGUCAUAGGCCUUCGUCCCUCUCAAUCCAUCCGUGGCAUUUUGGAAAUCUUCCAUUAUUUUCUUCUCGGAUUAGUCCUGGUCCGCCUGAGGAUCUGAAGAAGGAUGUUUCUGUAGAGGUAGGAAGUUGUACAAAACAGUGUGCUGGGUGUCUUGGCAAAGACACAAUUGCCAAUGCUGCUGCUAGGGUUGCUCCUGCUGUAAUUCACUUGUCGGUUCCUCGAGGUUACCAUGAAACUACCACAGGAAGUAGUAGGGGCUCUGGAACCAUAAUUGAUUCUGAUGGAACUAUCCUUACAUGUGCUCACGCUGUGGUCGAUUUUCAAGGCUUGAGAAACACAUCUAAAGGGAAGGUUGAUGUGACCUUGCGAGAUGGUCGGACAUUCGAGGGUACGGUGGUGAGUGCAGAUCUUCACUCUGACAUUGCAAUUGUUAAGAUCAAUUCUAAAACUCCGCUUCCUAUGGCAAAGCUUGGCUUUUCUAGUAAGCUUCGCCCUGGGGAUUGGGUGUUAGCCCUGGGCUCACCACUCUCUCUUGAAAAUACAGUAACAGCCGGCAUUAUAAGUUGUGUUGAUCGUACAAGCAGUGACAUUGGUCUUGGGGGAAUGCGAAGAGAGUACUUACAAACCGAUUGUUCAAUUAAUAAGGGAAAUUCUGGCGGUCCUCUUGUUAAUAUUGAUGGAGAAAUUGUCGGUGUUAAUAUAAUGAAAUUGUUGCCAGCGGAUGGAUUAAGUUUUGCUGUACCAAUUGAUGGAAUUACCAAAAUUAUGGAGCACUUCAAGAAGAGUGGGAGAUUUGUUCGGCCUUGGCUUGGAUUGAAAAUGAUUGAUCUUAAUGAGUUGAUUAUUGCUCAGCUUAAAGAAAGAGAUGCCAAUUUCCCUAACGUUAGCAGAGGUGUUCUUGUACCUAUGGUUACUCCAGAAUCUCCUGCUGAUCUUGCUGGAUUUCUCCUAGGAGAUGUUAUCAUUGAAUUUGACGGGAAGCCUAUUGAAAGAGUCAAAGAGAUCGUUGAAAUAAUGGAGGACAGAAUUGGUGUGCCCUUGAAAGUAGUUGUGAAAAGAGCGAAUGAUGCUGAGGUGAGUUUGACUGUAGUUCCAGAGGAGAUAAAUCCAGAAAUGUAGAACAUCGCUUUUCCACAGGUUCUCUGUUUUGGGGUUUUCUAUAGAAGAAGUACUAUUCAAUCUGAUGGAAGAAGUCGAAUUAAAGUAAAUACAAUGUAAUUAAAGUGAAUACAAUGUGGUUAGUUUUAAAAUCAUGAACCGAGUUUGGCCCUAUUUGCAUUCUUGUGCAUAUAUUUCCCGCUGAUGUGGGCUAUGGAUUCACCAUUUCAGGCUU